GUCGGAAAUAAGUUAAAAUUUUAAGCUCGUGCAUCUUAUUCAAGAGUUCUAAUGAUUCCAAGAAAUUGACAAAAUGGCAGAGGCAAUUUUGCUCCAGCAAGAGCAUACAAGUGAAAAAUUGAUGGAAGAAGCCUUGCAUAUUCAUAGAAUCAUUCCACAGAGAAGUAUUGAUGAGAUAUACUCAUCACUUGAAACUUUCUGUGAUGAUCCAAAUAGGGUAAAGAGAGUUGUGCUCAAGUUUUUGGGUCAUGUAAAGGAAGACAGUGCCACUGCUGAUGAUUCCAUUGAAGAGUUAUCUAAGAGACCUAAGAAAAGAAACUAUGAUGAUGAGCAUAAUCAACCAUCUACAUCAGGGAUACCAUCUGAAAUUCCUGUUACGGGUGAUGCAAAUGGAGACAAUGGGACUAAGCCUCUGACAACUAGAAAUAUACCUGUGGAUGUAGAUGUGUCAGCACAUAGUGAUUCUCUUCCUGCUGAAAGUGACAAAUGUGUCAUAGCAGAUGAAGCAUCAACUUUUUUUUCAGAUUCUACAAUUCCAGGCCGUGCUGGAAAUGGAAAUCAUAAGAACAUGUUUGACAGGGUCCUUCAAGCUGACUUAAUACUGCCUGAUGUUAACGGGGUGGAUAGUGAAAGUAAACAAGCAUAUUACAAUACUCUCAUGAAAAUUUUUCCUGAUGCUCAAAAAGAUUUUGUGAAAGGCAUAUGUGAUAAAUGUUCACAAGAUGCCAACUGGUUACGUAAUGCUACAUCAAAUUUAUUGGAAAAUGGUUACCCAAAAGCUGCAGAUAACAGUGAACAGGAAGUGGAGCUAGUAGCAAACCAGGAACUUUCUGGAAGAAUAGAAGAAAAUGAUUGUAAUCUGCUUACUAUAACUGCAGAUAACAUUGAACAGGAAGUGGAGCUAGCAGCAAACCAGGAACUCUCUGGAAGAACAGAAGAAAAUUAUUAUAAUCUGCUUGCCAUAUUUCCAAAUGCUGAUCCAACUUAUAUAAGAGAGACCUAUGAACAGAUUGCAGAUGACGAAGACGCAAUGAAAAAAUUUGUUAAUGACACUUUAGAAAGUGGCAAGUAUCCAACACUAGCAGAGUAUGAGGAAGAAAUGAAAGUAGUGGAAAUUAGAGAGAAAUACCUAAAAAAUUUCAAAAUUGAAGAGUUUUUGGAAAUUUUUCCUGACCCUUUUAAGUACUUUUUUGAAGAAAAAAAGAAUGACAAAACCAAUUCUGAGUUAAGUUUAAAUUAUCUGAAAUCCCAUUAUAAGGAAAUAUGUACAGCAGUUUUGCAAGAAUGUUUGAUGAAAAAUGAAUACAGUCUCACUAAAUCGUGUGCAGAGUUAGAUAAGUGCCAAAAUUUUACAAAAUCAUUGCAUGGUGAACAUGAAAUACAGUACAGUGAAAAUGAUGUGAAAGAUAUUUCAUUUAUGCAGGAGGUGGCCUUUAUUGAAAACAGACAAGAUAUAGAAACUUAUCUUAAUGAAAAGGAACUGAAGAGAGUUGAAUCACUUAGAAAGGCUAAGGAAAAUAAUGAAUUGCUGGAGUGUGGUUGUUGCUUCGAUAAUGAAGUUUUAGUAGAGGAUGUUGUCACCUGUGCUGAAGGUGAUAUAUUCUGCAAAACCUGCUUAAAGAAAUAUGCUGAAAACCAAAUUGGAGAUGGAAAAACUGUUUUCACAUGUUUAAGUAAUUGCACAGCAGAAUUCAGUCUCAAGAUGUUGCAGCGUGUUCUCAAACCUUCAGUUUUUUCAAAAAUGUUACAAAGGAAGCAAAUGGAAGAGAUUAAAUCAGCAGCCAUUCAUGGCUUAGAAGUAUGCCCAUUCUGUGAUUUUGCUUCCAUUCCUCCAGAAGAAGAUAAAGUAUUUUGCUGCCUCAAUCCAGAAUGCAUGAAGGAAUCUUGCAGAAAAUGUAAAGAACUUAAUCAUAUACCUCUGCGAUGUGAAGAAGUUGAAAAACCAGAAGAAGUGAAGAUGAGAACUUACAUAGAAGAUAGAAUGACAGAGGCUUUGAUAAGAACAUGUUGGAGAUGUGGAAAAAAAUUUAUCAAAAUUGAUGGUUGCAAUAAAAUGACAUGCACCUGUGGGGCUCUAAUGUGCUACAUUUGUCGUAAACCUGUAAAUGGUUAUGAUCAUUUUAAUGAAGAAGGUGGUACAAAUUAUCAUAAGUGUCCACUGUUCAGUAAAAAUGACGACCUGCAUGUCAAAGCUGUUGAAGAAGCCGCAACAAAGGCUAGAAAUGAGACUCUAGCUAAGAAUCCCAAUAUUCAACUGAAACAUGAUCCAACACUCAUACUUCCAGAACGGACUCAAGAAGAUGUUCGUGGUCAACCUAAUGUUCAUUUUAUGUAGGGUGAUGAAAGAUAAUGGAAGAUUUGCUCCACCAGCUCAUCUGAU